AUGAGGUAACAUCUAAUGAAUGAAGCAUCCAAUAUCAUUAACCCAGUGAUGGAUGCAGGCAAACUUAGAACAAUCACAUCGGGCUACAAGAGACACUCAAUCAGGAGAUUGAUUAGGCCCCUAGGUAUGGAUUCAGCUACUUUUAAGAGAGGCAUGGAUCUAAGUGGUGGAGUAAGAAAGAACGUCUCUGACUAUUUCUUUAUCUACACUCGACAGGUUCUACCUAAAAUUGAAGAUAGAAUAGAACUUCAACUUUUGGAGAAAUUUAAGGAAAGAAUUGGGAAUAAUAUGGAAAGAAAGGAAGUAACUCAAGCUUAUCUCAACAGAAAAGAUAAUCUAGCAAAGUCAGAAGACAAUAUCGAUAUGAAUCCCCCUGAAAAGCCUAAAGUACUCCCUAUUAAUCUUACUGCGGAUGUUAGAAGAUCUAUUGCAUCAGUUGAGGGAAAUGGUCUUUCUCAUCACACAUUUGAAGAUAUAGGUAGAUAUGUACUUUUUCCUCCAGCUCAUCAAAAGCGUAUGUUCCCAGGAGCAUUCUUCGGUAACUACUAAAAAGAUGAGUUUUAUAGAACAAAUCAUUUUGGAGUGAUGGUAAGAGAGGAGGGAUUGAGAAUCACUAAUGAUUUUUCAAGACUAACACUUCCUCACGAGAGGAAAAUUGACUAUGAAUAAAUUCUUUAAUGUCAAAACUCUGAGGUCAAUGAAGAGGUGAUAAAGGAUGAAUAGAAAUUCGUUGCUAUUUAAUAAGACUUUAGCUUAGAACUCAUAGAAUAUAUAAAUGCUAAGUAAGGUGAGGAGAAAUUUUCAUACUAAAAAUUGUUCCAAUCUCCAGCAGUAUUUGAUUCGUUCGUCUCUAUUCUUAUAAAGGAAUUGAAGAAGAAGCCAAUCAGAUAUCAUCUCUGUGUAAAGGAAGCAAGAAUUAAAGUUAUUGAUCAACUAGCUAAAGCUCUUCACUAGAUAAUGAUUGAAAAGCAACUGAAUCCUCAAAAUAUGACAGAGAUUAUAGACAAUGUCAAAUUAGUGACACUUGACUUAAAUAGAGCUGAUCUUGGAAAGUAUCAUGAAUUGCAGGUCAAUGAAGUGCAUUAAUACAAGCUAUACUUGAGUGGAUAUCACAAGAUUUGCUAUCAACAGUGGAGACCAGAAGAUAUGAGAAGAGUUUCAUUUGAGAAAUUCAAGGGAAACAACUCUGGUUGUCUACUUUGGGGGCCAAGAGGGGUUGGUAAGUCGCAGAUUUUAAGUUACGCCACUGCAUGGGCUCAUGAAAACAAAUGGAUGGUUAUUACUGUCCCUAGAUGCGAAAUGUUCACUGAUGGAACAGAUGAAAUUUUCAGGGCUGAAAAUGGUAUGUAUCUUUAAAAAAACUUGGCCAAAAAUUACCUUUACAACUUUAGAAAGUCAAAUGAACUUCUUUUGAGAACAAUAGAUGUUGAUAUGUCGCUUUAUGGUAAGAUCGACAUGACUGGCUUAAAAGAUGGUGACCCUGAGCCUUUCCCAAGAGUUUGGAAUGAAGAGAGAUAAUAAUGGUCAGAUGAUUGGAAGGAAUUCCUCUAUGAUGCUGAAAUUAAAAUUCUGUAGCAAGAAUAUGAAGACUUGAGAUAUAGAUGUGCAGACAGACUCCCAGAUCCAAAGAAACUUAUUGAUAUUGCUGAUUUCGGAAUUUAAAAUCCAGAAUUAGCAACCAAUUGCUUUAGAGAAAUUCUGGAAUAAAUUUAUCACACUGAUAAAUUCCACACAUUAAUUGCUCUAGACGGCUAUAAUGACUGGUUUAAGCCUUCAGAUUACUAGUCUUUUAGAUAUGAUAACUCACCCAUUUUGAAAGGUCGUAUUCCACCUCAAGACUUCUCUUUAGUUAGAAUGCUAAUGAAAUUUGAUGGACAUAUGAUAAGAAACGGAGUAAAGAUUGCUACUACAACUCACUACAGAUAGUUUAGACAUUUAUGCACUCCAGAGAUGAUAAAUCUCUAACCAACAUAUGCAGCUAAAGUUGAAAAUUUAGCACUUAAUGAUUUCAGAAUGAUGUUGAACUACUAUCAUUUUACUAAAUGGAUGGAUGAUAUCUAUCAAGAACACGAAGUUGAAUCACUUUAUAUGGAGACGUAGGGUAACUGGACUGCUUUUCAUGAAACUUAUAAUAGAUAUCAAAGACUUCACUAUUGA